UUGAUAAAAGAACAGAGUUGUGACGUGAAUGAAGGAAACGACCUUGGACGGUCGGCUCUCGAAGUUGCAUGCGCAAAGGGGAGCAAAGAGGUUGUGAAAAUACUCCUUGAUGCGGACGCCAACGUAUCAACUGCCAGAAAGAAUGGGUGGACGCCAUUACAUGCAGCAUCAGAGGAUGGACACAUCGAGGUGGCCAAACUGCUUAUUGAGAAGGGAGCUGACACUGCAGUUGCAGCCAAGGACGGGCGGACGCCAUUGCAUUUAGCAUCACAGAAUGGACACAUGGAGGUGGUCAAGCUGCUC